AUGGCUACUCCCAUAACCUGGGCUCAGGAGGUAGUCACCUGUGACCUUUGUAAUAACCCCACCCAGCAAUUUUGUAACAACUGUCAAGUAAGUUUAUGUGGAUAUUGCAUGAAUAAGCAUGUCGAGAAAAAUGGGUGUCUAACACAUGGAAUAGUUGCGUAUAAGGAUAGAAUUUCAAAGCUUGAUUUCCCCGAGUGUGAAUUUCACAAAGACCAGAGAUGCGAUGCCUAUUGUAAGCAGUGUGAUGUCCCCGUUUGUAUUAAGUGUGUCAUUAGUUUUCAUAAUGGGCACCAUUUUUGUGGUAUACAACAAAUCUUUCAAGAAAAGAAAAUUGAGAUUGAAAAGGAAACGCGUGAGAUUGAAUCCACUAUUAUUUUGACUUUCAAGAAGAAACAGAGGGAAAUAGAAACUAGCAUGGAUAUAUCUAAGGAAAAAUUUGAUGUGCUUAAAAAAGAAUGCGAGAAGGAAAGAAAAGUCUGGCACAACGAAGUAGACUCUGUAUUUAACAAACUAAGCUCUUUGGUGGAGUCAAUGAAAAAUCACCACCUUGCAACUCUGAAAUCAUACCUGUCUAACUUGCAGGAUUUGAUUAAAGACAUUAUUAAUACAACCCAAAAGAACAAAAUAAAUGUCAAGUCGAACAAAGUCUCGGACAUCAUUAGACACAAAAGUAAAAUGCAGAAAUACAGAAACAUUCCUACAUGUGUCACUAUGACAAUUCCUUCAAUUGAAACAAAGAGAGAGGAAGGUAAAGAAUUUGUAAUAGAACUGGGUUAUUACAGAGCCACUCUGAGUCAGACAGUAGUGUCCAGUCUGCCGGAGAGGAUAUCAGAUUUAUCAUUGAAGGAGUCCCAAGAUCGAGUUAGACUAGACACAACUCACAUGCAAGGUGAGGUACAUUCUGCUCUCGUGGAAAAACUAAGACUGUCAGUUAAAAGAUACGAAGAUGAUCUAACUGCGGAGAGAAAGGAACAUCAAAAUACCAAAAAGGCCAUGAUUGAGCUAAAACAGUCAUUCCAACAACAAUGUUCCAAAUAUAAUUUGUCAGAAAAUUACGAAAAAGUCAAAUCGCAGAGUGGAUAUACAGAAAAAGAGAAGCAAAAAUUGCUGGACCAGAUUAGUCGAUUAACGGCCCAGGUGUACGCCGGGAAGAAAGAAAUAAACUCCAGAGAGGAGAUGCUUAACAAAAUACAGGAGGAGAAUAAGAAAAUAACAGAGGAACUCCACAAUGUGGUCCCUGUACUCAAAGCUCAGGCUGAGAUAUGGAAGUCAGAUUUUAAUGCCGAGAAAUUUGCCAAGAAACGUCUCCAUGCAGAGAAAACUCAACUGGAGAAUGACUACAAACAACUCCAGCUACGCAACCAGCAGCUACUGGAUGAGAUGGAGAACUUCUCUAAGCGACAAUUCCAAGAGAUGCAUCAGCGACACUCCAACCCAGGUUAUCAGCACACACUUCAACAACACCUGGGGAUGGGACCUAUGGGCCAUAACUGUACAUAUCAGAUCUCUAAGUACCUUCUUCAGGGUAUUACUAACCAGGUCCGAGAGUCAGGUGGAACGUACAGCGAUGGUGUAUCUCCUGCUGCUGUACCAGGAAGUACUUAUCAGAUUCAUAGUCAAUCCAAGGAGGCAGAGAAACCAAAUCAGAUUGUGUGUCCAUUAUGUAACCAGGAUCCAUAA